GACUAUGGCUGUGCAGGGAUUUCAGAGAAGACUCCUGGGCUCCCUCAACUCCACCCCCACAGCCAUCCCCCAGCUGCGGCUGGCUGCCAACCAGACAGGAGCCCGGUGCCUGGAGGUGUCCAUCCCUGACGGGCUCUUUCUCAGCCUGGGGCUGGUGAGCUUGGUGGAGAACGUGCUGGUGGUGGCCGCCAUCGCCAAGAACCGGAACCUGCACUCACCCACGUACUGCUUCAUCUGCUGCCUGGCCCUGUCGGACCUGCUGGUGAGCGGGGGCAACGUGCUGGAGACGGUCGUCAUCCUCCUGCUGGAGGCCAGCGCACUGGCGGCCCGGGCUGCCGUGGUGCAGCAGCUGGACAAUGUCAUUGACGUGAUCACCUGCAGCUCCAUGGUGUCCAGCCUCUGCUUCCUGGGCGCCAUCGCCGUGGACCGCCACGUCUCCAUCUUCUACGCGCUGCGUUACCACAGCAUCGUGACACUGCCGCGGGCGCGGCAAGCCAUCGCGGCCAUCUGGGUGGCCAGUGUCCUCUUCAGCGCGCUCUUCAUUGCCUACUGCGACCACGCGGCUGUCCUGCUGUGCCUUGUGGUCUUCUUCCUGGCCAUGCUGGUGCUCAUGGCCGUGCUGUACGUCCACAUGCUGGCCCGGGCCUGCCAGCACGCCCAGGGCAUUGCCCAGCUCCACAAGAGGCAGCGUCCGCUCCACCAGGGCUUCGGCCUGAAAGGCGCUGUCACCCUCAGCAUCCUGCUGGGCAUUUUCUUCCUCUGCUGGGGCCCCUUCUUCCUGCAUCUCACACUCAUUGUCCUCUGUCCCCAGCACCCCACGUGCAGCUGCAUCUUCAAGAACUUCAACCUCUUUCUCACCCUCAUCAUCUGCAAUGCCAUCAUCGACCCCCUCAUCUACGCCUUCCGCAGGCAGGAGCUCCGCAGGACGCUCAAGGAGGUGCUGAUGUGCUCCUGCUCUCAGGACCGUGCCCUCGUCAGCUGGGAUGUGAAGUCUCUGGGUGGAAGAGUGUGCCAAUAGCUACUCCCACGGCAGCCCCAGGGGCUUUGUGACCAGAAAGCUUCAUCCACAGCCCUGCAGCGGCUCCCGCAAAAGGAAUUCUGGGAAGUCAUCAGUGAUGAGCACGGCAUCGACCCCAGCGGCAACUACGUGGGCGACUCGGACUUGCAGCUGGAGCGGAUCAGCGUCUACUACAACGAGGCCUCUUCUCACAAGUACGUGCCUCGGGCCAUUCUGGUUGACCUGGAACCCGGAACCAUGGACAGUGUCCGCUCAGGGGCCUUCGGACAUCUUUUCAGGCCUGACAAUUUCAUCUUUGGUCAGAGUGGGGCCGGCAACAACUGGGCCAAGGGUCACUACACGGAGGGUGCGGAGCUGGUGGAUUCGGUCCUGGAUGUCGUGCGGAAGGAGUGUGAAAACUGCGACUGCCUGCAGGGCUUCCAGCUGACCCACUCCCUGGGGGGCGGCACGGGCUCCGGCAUGGGCACGCUGCUCAUCAGCAAGGUGCGUGAGGAGUAUCCCGACCGCAUCAUGAACACCUUCAGCGUCGUGCCCUCGCCCAAGGUGUCAGACACGGUGGUGGAGCCCUACAACGCCACGCUGUCCAUCCACCAGCUGGUGGAGAACACGGAUGAGACCUACUGCAUCGACAACGAGGCUCUCUACGACAUCUGCUUCCGCACCCUCAAGCUGGCCACACCCACCUACGGGGACCUCAACCACCUGGUGUCGGCCACCAUGAGCGGGGUCACCACCUCCUUGCGCUUCCCGGGCCAGCUCAACGCUGACCUGCGCAAGCUGGCCGUCAACAUGGUGCCCUUCCCCCGUCUGCACUUCUUCAUGCCCGGCUUCGCCCCCCUCACAGCCCGGGGCAGCCAGCAGUACCGGGCCCUGACCGUGCCCGAGCUCACCCAGCAGAUGUUUGAUGCCAAGAACAUGAUGGCCGCCUGCGACCCACGCCACGGCCGCUACCUGACGGUGGCCACCGUGUUCCGGGGCCGCAUGUCCAUGAAGGAGGUGGACGAGCAGAUGCUGGCCAUCCAGAGCAAGAACAGCAGCUACUUCGUGGAGUGGAUCCCCAACAACGUGAAGGUGGCCGUGUGUGACAUCCCGCCCCGCGGCCUCAAGAUGUCCUCCACCUUCAUCGGCAACAGCACGGCCAUCCAGGAGCUGUUCAAGCGUAUCUCCGAGCAGUUCACGGCCAUGUUCAGGCGCAAGGCCUUCCUGCACUGGUACACGGGCGAGGGCAUGGACGAGAUGGAGUUCACCGAGGCCGAGAGCAACAUGAACGACCUGGUGUCCGAGUACCAGCAGUACCAGGACGCCACGGCCGAGGAGGAGGGCGAGAUAUACGAAGACGACGAGGAGGAGUCCGAGGCCCAGGGCCCCAAGUGAAGCUGCCUGCGGCUGGAGUGAGAGGCGGGUGGCGGCCAGGGCCAAGGCCAGCGGUGUCUGACCCCCAGAGCCAUGUUGCUGCCGACUCCGUACCCUGCUUUCCCCUCACCCUAGGGCUCCCUUGCCGCCCUCCUGCGUAUUUAUGGCCUCGUCCUUCCCCCACUAGGCCACGUGUGAGCUGCUCCUGUGUCUGUCUUACUGCAGCUCCAGGCCUGACGUUUUACGGUUUUGUUUUUUACUGGCUUGUGUUUAUAUUUUCGGGGAUACUUAAUAAAUCUAUUGCUGUCAGAUACCCU